AUGGUGAAGAAACGAGGAGCGAACCAGCACAAGGGCGGCAAGCCGUUCCUCGAGUGGUGCAAGGAGAACGGGAAGCGCGGCGAGAAGCUCGCCAACGAGUUCCGCGAGGAGUUGCCGACGAAGCUGGCGAAAGGGUCGGACUACAAGGCGAAGUGGAAGUGUGGGACGUGCUCGCACGUGUGGCGGGCGGCGGUGAAGAACCGCACGGAGAGCGUCAGACCCCGCGGAUGUCCGAAAUGCGCGAAUCGCAUACCGGUGAGCAAGACGAAGAACUUCCUCGCGUGGUGCGAGAAGAACGGCGAGCGAGGCAAGAAGCUGUCGCGCGAGUACAUCGACCCAGACAGACCGCCGACGGCGGUGACGUACGGGUCGAACUACAAGGCGCUGUGGAAUUGUGGGACGUGCUCGCACGAGUGGCGCGCGAAGGUGUUUCACCGCACGAAGAGCAACAGCCCCAGCGGGUGUCCGCAGUGCAACAUAGCAAACAGGCGUCACGGCGAGGACGGUUGCUUCGUGUGA